CAUGGCAGCAGCUGGAGUUCCCGGGGACAGAAAGGGUAUUUUGGAACGUCUGGACAGUGGAGAAGUUGUAAUUGGAGAUGGAAGCUUUCUCAUAACUCUGGAAAAGAGGGGCUAUGUGAAGGCUGGACGCUGGACUCCGGAAGCAGUAGUAGAACAUCCAAAUGCAGUUCGUCAGCUUCACAUGGAAUUCUUGAGAGCAGGAUCAAAUGUCAUGCAGACUUUCACCUUCUCGGCCAGUGAAGACAAUAUGGAAAGCAAGUGGGAAGAUGUAAAUGCUGCUGCCUGUGACCUCGCCAGGGAAGUGGCUGGAAAAGGCGAUGCUUUGGUAGCAGGGGGGAUUUCCCAGACAUCAGUGUACAAACACCACAAGGAUGAAGCUACAAUCAAAAAAAUUUUUCGACUACAGCUAGAAGUUUUUGCCAGGAAAAAUGUGGACUUCGUAAUUGCAGAGUAUUUUGAGCAUGCUGAGGAAGCCGUGUGGGCUGUGGAAGUCCUAAAGGAAGCUGGUAAACCCGUGGCAGCUACCAUGUGCAUAGGCCCAGAGGGAGACAUGCAUGAUGUACCACCCGGAGAAUGUGCCGUUAAACUGGUGAAGGCAGGGGCUUCAAUCGUUGGUGUGAACUGCCGAUUUGGACCCAGCACCAGCUUGAGGACAAUGAAACUCAUGAAGGAAGGCCUUCAGGCUGCAGGGUUGAAAGCGCACCUGAUUGUACAGUCCCUGGGAUUCCACACACCUGACUGUGGCAAAGGAGGGUUUUUGGAUCUCCCAGAAUACCCCUUUGCACUGGAGCCCAGAGUUGCAACCAGAUGGGAUAUUCAAAAGUACGCCAGAGAGGCCUACAACCUGGGUAUCAGGUACAUUGGCGGCUGCUGUGGGUUUGAGCCCUACCACAUCAGGGCAAUUGCAGAGGAGCUGGCCCCAGAAAGGGGAUUUUUGCCACCGGCUUCAGAAAAACAUGGCAGCUGGGGAAGUGGUUUGGACAUGCACACCAAACCCUGGAUUAGAGCAAGGGCUAGAAGGGAACAUUGGGAAAAUCUGCUGCCAGCUUCAGGCAGACCGUUCUGUCCUUCGCUGUCAAAGCCAGAUGCCUAAGAAGUGAUGAAUGAAAACACUGAAAUAAUAGAGCAGAAGGAAAUCUCACUCAAAUCCUAUCUGGAACCCCUU